AGCUGAUUGGCUUAGAGUGCAAUGCAACAUUUUCAAGAUAUACUAGAAAUUUCAAAUUUCUAUGUCACAAUGGUAAAGCAGAUUGGCCUAAACUUCAGAAAAAGAUUCAGUGUGAAAUGGAGAAAGCUAUGGAAGAUCUACCAAGUGAAACCAUCUCAAUCACUCUAACUGGUGAUGAUGCAGAUGUUAUUGAUCAAGACACCUUGAACAUGUCUCUUGAAAAUCUCUGGAGAUUGUCACCUCCUAUUUCAAGCACUAUAAAGUUUUCAUUCAAGGUCAAAACAUUUAAUCCAAAAGAAAUUAAAGAUUGUAAUGAAAAUGAAAUAAAUGUAUUGGAUGAAUUGAUGACUGAACUCAAGAAACAACAAGCACUUGAGAAAAAUGCAAAUGAAAUUAAUGCUCACAUUGAACAAUAUUCAGCUGGGAUACAA